CUUCUUUUUGAAGUUGUUUUGGCGCGAACCUUCCCUCUGAGAGAGGCGGCUGAACAAGCUCUGAACAUCAUCGUCCUCUUCCAAUUCAGUCCAUCGCCACUUCUUUCUACUUACAUGUACCGGUACCGUAUAGCUUUGUGCUGUUGUGAAAGUAAUACUAGCUAGUACGUGUAGUAUCCACCAUGCCCCCUCAUCGUCCUCCCAGCACAAGUUUAGCUGCGGCUCGUCGACAACAAGAUGGCAUUCGUCGCGUCUCCUUUUCCGAGACUCGUGUGACCAGCAGUCGUUUGUAUGACUCCGAUGAUGAUUCCAUCAAUGAGCGUUUGCGAGAAGAAGAGGAAGAGCGAGCCCUUUCCGAGCUUCAUGGCGAAGCCCAAGAUGAUGAAGGCAAGACUACUAUUACGAGUAGUAACAAGCGCAAAACAACGGACGAGUCUGAAAAGGAUAUUGCACAAGAGCUGGAUCAAGAAGAAAAGAAGAAAAUCAAAAAGCCUCGUCCUCAAUUGCUGGCGUCCAACCUAACAGGCGAUAAUGGCUUGAUCAAGAUUCCCACUGCAAUGAAGCGCAUCAAGUACAAACCUAAAAAAGGCAAAAAGAGAGACAUUGACGCAGCAGCAUCCUACUGCCAGAAUCUCAUGAAGGCGUACCAAACAUUCUGCGACGACUUGUUUCCCAGCAUGAACUUUGAAGAUGUACUCCUCAAAAUCGAGCAGCUGGGAGCCAAAAAGGAAGUCAAGGCCUUUCUGCAAAACACAAGAGACAGCGUCCGCCGGGAGUACAUGGAGAAAUUGUGUGGACCGGAAAGGGCAGGAGAGCUGCUGAAAGAGUUGGAUCAACGCAUCAUAGAACAACGAUAUGCUGAUGACGAAGAAGACGAAUUGGCUGCUGGUGACAUGCCAAUGCCGAUGGAUUCUCAGCCUUCCGCUGCGUUACAGGAAACAAAGCCACAAGACAAUAACACGGAUACAGGAGCCAUCAGUCAGGAACCUUCUUAUCAGUCCAACGCAAACCCAACAGCUGAAAGUGACAACGAAGAAGCAGAGGCCAGCUUCGAAGAGGAAUAUCCUGAAAUGCAGGAGGAACAUAUGGAAGCCAACUUUGAAGAGGAAGCCGCUGCUGCCGAAGCGGCCAUCGUGGAGAAUCCCCUCCCAAAGACACAGCAAUCCACUGAUGACAAGCAGACGAGUGACGACGAGGAGCAAGAGGCAACGUUUGACGACGACAAAAAUGAGGGGGAAGACUCUCCAUCAUUCGGUGGUGGUGACAAGCCAAAGCAUGACCCCUCCAGCAAAGAUGGGUUCAAGUCUGAUGCAUUGGGAUCAACCAAAGAGGACCAGACGACUGACGCAGUGGAUGAAUCGUAGCCAAAAACAACCUCCCGAGUGGAGGGUACAACGGACAUAUCGUCUAGAGUUUUGCGGCAAGUUCAACCACUGGAACAAUCGCACGACGACAAAAUCAACAGAAUAAUAUCAAGCAGUGUUGUGUGGCAAUGAGCUGAGUAGUAUCGCCUUGAAAAUGCAAUGUGAUCAGCUCCUAUCUAAAUUAUCGGUACCAUUGUAUCUCCCUUUUUAGUAGCUAUCGCCUUGUUCCGCUUCCACAU